UUUUGUUGUAAGCAUUUCAAAUGUAUAUGAUGUCACGAACUCUACUGAUCCCCUAAUCAUGUAUGGCAACCAAUACGAAGAAGGUGAUGUUUCUCUUGUCCAUGAAAGUAAGCUUGAUUUUGGAGAUCCAUACAGGAAACAUCAAAUGAUAUGUAGGUAUCACCAGAAGGCACCGCCAAAUUGGACAGCACUUUCUACUGCAAUCCUAUUCUUUGUGAUUCUUCUAUUAAUCGGUUACAUUUUAUAUGGUGCUGGGAAUUAUAUUGUCAAAGUAGAGGAUGAUUUCCACGAAAUGCAGGAGCUAAAAGUUCGAGCAGAGGCAGCCGAUGUUGCUAAGUCACAGUUUCUAGCUACUGUCUCUCAUGAAAUUAGAACACCUAUGAAUGGCAUUUUAGGAAUGCUUGGUCUGCUUCUACACGGAAUUGAACUCAACCCAACGUGACUAUGCUCAGACCGCUCAAGCAUGUGGGAAGGCU